AACCUCUGUUGGGCGUCGCUCUAAUAACCCAGGAAAAGAUCACAUCUUUCGAAAGCAGAGAAACUCAAUUUUGAAAGAGUAAUUUGGUCGAACACCUGAUGUUCAAAUGAAAGGCAGCAACAAAGCUACUGUUUUAACUAUUGCCGAUAAAUGCAAGAAUAUAUUGGCAUCAAACUGGCAAGGUCAUCUUAAUACCAUCAAAACUGAUGCCCAUGGAAGCAAAGGGAACAUAUACACGUCGAAGGUUAAGUACAUUGUCAAGAAGGGUAAACCUUUUAUCUGGGUACCAGAACACGACUUGCAUAAUGUGAAUACUAUUAUUGAUGAACGUGGUUCGUUUUCCGUAGCCAGCCCGUUCCCCGGGCCUCUUGGAAAAUUACUCAAAUCAUUGAACAAGUUUCCAGUUCGGGUUGCUCUAACUGGGGAUGUUGUGCCUCUUACAGAUAAAAAGGCUCAAUCUGUUGCAGAAUUCGUUAAAGAAGUCAUGCUGGCUGAGGAGAAAGCAGUUAAAGAAUUUAGUUAUACGGUUUCUGGUGUACUAAGUUUUUCUGAUCACUUUUCCACAUCUCGAAGCAAGAACCUCAAGGAGCUGAUUGACGGGAGUGAAAAAUAUGUGAUUUAUAAGUUCAAUCUGAGUUCUUGCAUGUUUGUUGAUGGCAACGGAGGAACUCGUGAAGUAGACUUCGAAGAUGUGGAAAAAUGUAAAGCAAGUUUGCUAGCACCUUAUUCUGCUAAGCUCAUUGAUGGCAUUAAUCAAAGCGAGGCUCGACGCCGAGGACUGACCCUUUUUUGUUUCAUAUACUUGAACGUAAAUGCAAGAGAUGCAUACAUGCUCUCACUUGAUCGUAAGGGCUUCGACGUCUUGGGGAAGGUUUUUAGUAAAGCUCCCGGGGAUGAAGAAAGCGAAUACGAAUGGAAGCAAUUCCGGAUCCCUUUCAAAGAAGAGGCUUGGGACGUCGAGUCCUUUUGUCUCCAACUUGUGGAGAUGGAAGAAGAGGCCAUCAAAAUGGUCUCUAGCUACAGUGGUCUGGGAUAGAAAGUAAAGCAGAUACUACAAUGCUCUUCCAACCCUGUUUCCUCACCAUCCAAAAUGGUGACAUUCGAGUUUGAGUGUCGGAUACGGAUAUUUAUAUUUAAUGCCAAAACUUAUAUAAAUACAACAUGUAGAACAUAAUUAGGAUUUAAGAAAAAUUUGAGCAAAUUGGUUGAAGGUUGAAA